UCAGAUGAAAUCUACACCGUCCAUUUCAUCCACUGAAUCAGAAAACUUCGCAAAUCAGACCGUCAGAAAACGUCGUGAAUAUAACUCUAUAUUUUCAUUCACGUCCCCAUUCAUUUUAUUCCUGUGAGGGAGCCGAAGGAUUCGACCGGUUUCUUCAAUUCCAGAAAACUUCUGCGUCCAAAAAUGGUGCUCAUCAAGUCCAAUAAUCAUUGGGCUUUCCUGGAAGAAAUUGAAGCACCCAUGUGGGUUGAUCUCACCUUAGAAGGGAGGUCCAACAAUCAGAACAUUGAUGAUAAAUGGUUCUUUACACACCAUCCGGUCCACCAAAGUUCCUCUCAUGACCUGAAAUUAGCAUUUUCUCAGCUCUUCGAGGAAAGGACUUUAAAUUUUGAAAUAUCUGUGUCUUCUUCUCUGAACCUUCCCAAUUCUGUCUCAAGAUCAAGAGGGGACUUUGAGGACAAGAAGUGCAAAGGCAGCUGUCAAGGUUUUGCAAUGGACAAGCAUAUUGUAAGUGAGAAGCUGAGUUCAGGAUCAGCCACUAAAUUGAGCUAUACAGACUCAAAAGGAAUUUCGAGUUCAAAUAUGAGUUUGGUUUCUUAUGCAAGCUGUUUAACCGAAAACUCCAGGCCAAACGUUUCAGUUACUGGUUCGAGUUCAGAGGGAAAGGAGCCAGCUGACAGCAGAACUAGCAGCACUAUCAUAACUGGUUUGGGUCGUCAACAACAAUGUAAGGCAACGGAGGUAACAAGCCAACCAUUGAGCAUGUCUAGUAGACUUUUGUCAGAUAUGAGGAGAAGUCUCAGGAAAAGCUGUGCCAAUAGACAAGUAUCGAGAUUGGAGGUUAAUAACUGUCAAAGACAGUCAAGUGGCCAUAACUCUUCUUCGAGUAAUUCAAGCACCACAUGCUCCUCUUUGAAUCCUGGUUUUGAUGCUAAAAGCAUCACCAAUACAUCAGAACAACACCUGAAAAGUAGUGUAGGUGUUGGAAACUUUUCCAGGAUGACUCAAACAGCAAUAAACAAAUCCAAAGAUUCAAGUGUUUUCUCGAGCACAUUAAAGAUUCCAGUGAAGGACGCGAGUUCCAACUCAAGAAGAGUUAGUAAAUUCUAUGCUAAGCCCACUAAGCUCGCCCACCUUGAGUCUUCAAAACCAAAGAUACUUCGUCCAAAAGCUCCUCUACUACAGCAAAGAAACCUUCAAAAAACUUGUUUACAGCCAAAGAAAAAGGAAAGUUUAGAUGGAAUAGGAAGAUGCAAGACAGUAGUAGCUGGAAAGGAGAAUGCAAUAAGGAGAAUUGCUGUGAGUCAGAAAUGCAAUGGUAGAGACCCUUCUACUUUUAGUAUGGUCAAGGAUCAGAAAAGGACAGAGCAUAAGGUUCCACAAAGACUUGGUGGACGAAGUGUAGUUAGCUCGAAGCAGCAGGCCAAAAAGUAUCAUCCAAGUGAAGGAAAAAGUCUGGGAAAUGGAAGCAAAAGGGUAUACUUCCGUUGAGAGGAGUCUGUACAUAAUGACAUCUCUACGCGUAUAUACAAAAGGAGUCAAUGGGGAGGCAACCAAAUCUCUUUCCUUCGGUUUUCCAGCCUGCGGUAGUAAGUUCCAUUCUUAUGGGUUCAAAUUAAUAUUCAUUUUUGACCCAUGCAAAUGGUAUUGUAACUGUCUUUUUGAAAUGCCAACUUGGAGAAAUAGGUUGUAUAAGAUGAUAUUGAUGUCUGAUUACUGUCACUGACCUGAUAUUAAGAAUGUUUUUGGCAUUCAAGUUUACCUAAA